UUUCCAAAAAAAAAAACAUAUUGUAAUUGUGUUUGGAGUUUUGUGUCUUGUUAAAUUCAAAUAAGUAAUUCAGCUGAAAUAAGCAAUAAAAUCAUCACAGUGUAGUAACAUUAACCCUGAACGGGAUACACAGCCAUGGAUCAGUCUAAGCAGGCUCUUCGCGACAUUGGCGACAAUGCAAAUCUCACCUGCGCCUCGUCCUUGAAGGAAAUUACACUUAUUGAGACUGUCACCAGUUUCCUUGAGGAGAAUGGAGCCGCCGAGAUAGACAGAAAAGUGCUGAGAACACUGGCGGAGGCACUGUCAAAGAGUGUGGACGAUUCCACCAGUCCCGGAGUCUUGCAAGAUGUCACCAUGGAUAACUCAUAUGCCAGUUUCGAUGCGGGCCGACUGCAGGGCGACAGCCAUUCGCCACUGGCCAUGCCUGGCCGUUCGAUGCGGAACGUGGAGGAGCAGAUGUCGUCGCUGCGCAAGGAGAACUUCAAUCUGAAGCUGCGCCUCUACUUCAUGGAGGAGAGCCAGCUGGGGCACCAGCGCACAAACCACUCGGGCGAGUCUCUGUCCAAGCAGUUGAUCGACGCCAAGAUUGAGGCCGAGGUGCUGCGCAAGACGGUCGAGGAGAAGACGGAGCUGCUGAAGGACGCCGCCCGGGCCAUUUCACUGCACGAGGAGAUGCAGCGCAAAGCGGAGACCGAGAGCCAAGCGCUGAUCGAUGAGCUGCAGCAGCAUCUGCGCCACUACGAGGAAACGGAAAAUGCCGUUGAGGGAGACACCAGAGCGGUGCUGGAGGAAAAGCUAAAACAAUUGGACGCUGAGGUGCUGCGCUUGAGGCAGGAACUGGUCGAGGCCGGCCUGCGGCAGAUAGCCUGCCAGGAAAAGCUGAAAUCGGCACAGGCCGAGCACCAGGAGACGCUGUCCUCCUGCGAGGCCAAGAUCGAGGAGCUGGCCAUCAAGAACGCCGAACUCGUGGAGCAAAUCGAAAAGGACACGCAGUGCAGCGGCCAGACAAAUGCCAAGCAGGAGAUGGACGCCCAACUGGCGGACAACAUGUGCGAGCUGCAGGAUGCGCAGGAGAAGCUAAAGGAGCGCGAACGCAUCCACGAGCAGGCCUGCCGCACCAUACAGAAGCUGAUGCAGAAACUGAGCAGCCAGGACAAGGAGAUCAAGAGGCUCAAUCAGCUGCACCAGCAGCCAGAUCAAAAUUCUGUUAAAAAAGAAGAGGAGAAUAGUCAGGCGAGCAUAUCGCCAUUGGCCAGCUCUGGCCGUUCGCUGAGUGACAAUGAGGCCUGCUCUUUGGAAAUAUCCGCGGCUCUGAAGGAACAAUACGAGCACACGAUGGCCGAGCAGGAGCUGAAAAUCAAACAGUUGCAGGCGGAGGUUAAGAAGAAGACGGCCAAUCUACAGAAUUUGGUCAACAAGGAGCUGUGGGAGAAGAACCGCGAGGUGGAGCGUCUGACCAACUUGGUGGCAGCGAACCAGCAGCAGCAGCAGCAGCCGCUGCCGGAGAUCAACGAAGAUUGCAAUGGCUCCAUGGACUUGCAGCAGUCCUUCACCGAAGUGGAGUACACCAAGGCCCUGGAACGCAACAAGCUGCUGCAGCGCAAGGUGGACGUGCUCAUCCAUCGCCUGGGAGAGGAUCAGCAGAACAGUGCGGUGAUUGGGCAACUGCGGCAGGAGCUGCGCCAGGUGCAGGCGGACGCUGAGAGCGCGAAUAAGUGGCGCCUCGAGUGCGCCGAUGUGUGUGGUGUGCUGACCAAUCGCCUGGAAGAGCUGGCCGGGUUCCUCAACUCGCUGCUCAAGCACAAGGAUGUGCUCGGUGCCCUGGCCGCUGACAGGCGGCAUGCCAUGCGCCGUGCCGUCGACCGCAGUCUGGACUUGUCCAAGAGCCUCAACAUGACGCUGAAUAUCACUGGCACCUCGCUGGCCGAUCAGAGUCUCGCCCAGCUGUGUAAUCUUUCGGAGAUGCUGUACACCGAUGCAGAUGCCGAUGCUGAUGCCGAUGCAGAGGCCGAUGCCAGCCACAAGACGUACAACUCGCACGAGGAGAUACGCGCCGCUGCCUCUGCCGGCCCUGGUGCCGCCAUCAGUCCCACAUUGGAGCAUCUGAAGGCCGAGAACAAGGCGCUGAAGCGGGAGCUGGAGAAACGUCGCAGCACAGACGGACAGCAGCAGCGCAAGGAACGCCGCUCCCUGCCCCUGCCCAUGCAGCAGCUAGACAACCAGAGCGAGUCGGAAGCCUGGUCCGAGCCGGACCGUAAGGUUUCCCUGGCCCGCAUCGGACUGGAGGAGACCUCCCACAGCCUGGCGACGGCCGAGCACCGAGCCAGCGAAUCGGAGAGUGAGGGGCGACGCGCCUGCUCAGCCAGGCAGGAGCGCAGUCGCCACAGCGAGCGCAUUGCCCAGCUGGAGGAGCAGAUAGCACAGAGGGACGAGCGCGUGCUGAACGUUCAGUGCCAAAUGGUGGAUCUGGACAACCGCUACAAGCAGGAGCAGCUGCGCUGCAUGGAGAUCUCCCAGCAAAUGGAGCAACUGCGAGCCGUCAAUGAGGCCCUGAAGGCCGAUCUGCAGGCCAUAGGAACGCAGGAGGAUCAGCAGAUGGACGAGCUGCAACGUCUGGUUGAGCUAAAGACCAAGCAGAUCGAUCAGCUGGAGCUGGCCAAGAGCACAUUGACUGCGGAUGCGCAAGUCACAGACAUGGAACUGCAGGCCGCACAGCAGCAGCUGCUCCAAAUGGAGCAAGAACAUGCCGUGGCUGUGGACCAGGCGCAGGCUGAGUUGGCGCAACUGAAGCUGGAGGCAGCACAGAAGCUCGAGGAGGUGCAACGCCUGCACCAGGAGGCGCUCGAGCGGGACUGGGUGGCGCUGAGCAUAUACCAGGAGCAGACACGGGAGCUGCUCGAGUUGCAGCGCUCCCUGGAGUACCACCAGGAGAACGAGAUCGAGCUGAAGCAGACACUCGUGGAGAACGAGCUGGCCACGCGCGCGCUCAAAAAACAGCUGGACGAAAGCACCCUGCAGGCCUCCAAGGCGGUCAUGGAACGUACCAAGGCGUACAACGAAAAACUGCAGCUGGAGAAGCGCACAGAGGAGCUGAGGCUGCAGUUGGAGCUGCUCAAAAAUGGGCAGCAGCAGCAGCAGCGCCAGCCGCCAGCUCGUUCCAACAGCAGCGAUGUAUCGCAGUCGGGCUACACCUCGGAGGAGGUGGCAGUGCCAAUGGGACCACCAAAUGGCAUUCACUCCACCGUACCAGCCAACAUGGCAGUGGUGGUGGGUCGCAUGAACAGCUCCUCGCCAGAUCUGGGCAUAGAGAGCGAUGCUGGACGGAUCUCCAGCGUGGAUCUGUGUCCGGCGACACAGCGGGCCAUACACACGACUGUGGAACUGCAUAAUGACACGCUGUCAGGUGUUAAAGAUGGUAAGCAUAAAGGAUUUCGAUUUGUAAAAGGGAAGAACCUGCCACUAAAUCUUUGUUUUACAGAACCCGUUUCGCCUGACACUGGGAACGCAUUGAAUGUGUCCCAGCAACAGCAGCAGCCCUCUGCAGCAGCCACAAUCGCACACGACUGUGCCAAGGUAGAUCAAGAAAAUGCCGAAUUGAGGCGUAAACUAAUCCGCACCAAGCGCGCAUUCGAAGACACCUACGAAAAAUUGCGUCUGGCUAACAAAGCAAAAGCACAAGUCGAAAAAGACAUCAAGAAUCAAAUACUAAAAACGCACAAUGUGCUGCGAAACGUACGCUCAAACAUGGAGAAUGAGUUAUAACAAUUGAUUUGACGUCGUCGUCGUCGGUCACUAUAUCAGCAUUAAUCGAAGAGAGCGAGAUUUGUCUUUGCUCAUCUCAUUUGUUACUAGACGUUUGCCAUUCUCCUUGCCAUAAUCUGUUCUAUUCAUUUAUAUUUUGUCUGUUCUUCACGUUGCUAACAUGAUUUUCAUUUUCAUUUUAAUUUAUUUUAUGUGCCUGUAUUCCUUUUGUACCAUGAACGCAGCCAAACCGAACAAAUCAGAAUCGAAACAACGAAGCUAUUAAUACGCGCAUACCUUUUGCAUUUUCCAAAGACUGUAUAGGGAACACACACAAUAAUGCUAACCAUGAAGAAGAAUCAAGAUUUUACUCACCCGUUGUAGCACACCCAACCCACAAGCGUUAACAAAAUGUUUAGAUGCCGACUGAUAUGUGUAUGUAACCAGGCAAUCCGGCGCACACUCAUUCAUAUUGAAUGACAUUUGUAUAGAAUAUGUAUAUAUAAAUAUCCUUAUCCGUAACCCCCUCUGCCCCUCAUUUGUACCUAAACAUAAGAACAAACUUUUAUUAUUUUGUCCAUAUUUGUGUGCCCAGUAACCUAUCAAUUGCACGUAGCUACAGAGUGUGUUUGCUUAAUCUUUAUUGCUCCUAACAUUUGCUUUCUUUUCUUCAAUCCUACCGCUCGGAAUCCUCGAUGUCAGUUGAUCAUCGAAACGGAUAUUGAAAUAAUUGUUUGAUUUGUCCACCCAAUUGGUCGUUGCCAAUUUUGAAGCCUCAUUUUGUACAAUGUGUAAAAAGUAGCUCCGCGCUGUGCCCUCACGGAGUGGAGUUUGGAAGAACAAUACCUAGAAACUUAAGUAAUUUGUACCAUGUCGUUUUAUGGAAUAAAAUAUUUCGUUAGAAGAA